AUGACAUUCUGCUUCCACAUCGCACCAUCUUUGCUCCGAACUCGCUUUUAGAUCCACCUGCAGAGCUAUCAUCUUGUUCACUUAAUUCAGUCACCAGUGCACAUCAAACGCUAUCCGCGAGGUUUUUCCCAGAGACGUGAAGUCUUCUUUGCCACACGAUCUAUGAUUUAGCUCGUAAUCAGAGUCCUGGUCCUCUGCAUUCGCAAGCUUGUCUUCGGUAUAGCCAAGCUUGCGGAUCGAGAAGAGUGGCUCUUGUAGUCGCGGUUACAUUUCGCCCGCGCUUGCCAAGUAGCAAAUGUUCCUUCUUCUGUGAGAGUGGAGGAGAGAGGAGGGAGGAGGAGAGAAUGGAAGGUGCAGGUGAGUUCAUCGGAAGUCACGCGGCUGAACUUGCGACACGGGAAAAGGACUCCACAAACGAGGAACAGGAGCUUCCCUCCGCCAUCCAGGACCUUAUACGACGUCUGGAAGGAGAAGGCGAGCCUAUAACGAGGCUGCCCGAUUUAAAAGGGCCAGAAUUUCUGGAGUUUUUUCCGAAUCGUGGAUUGCACUCGACGAUCAUAGGGUGGCGAAGCCAAGUGCGCCUUCGAGUGCUGGAGGCGAUAGGCAGCUGCAACACCCUUGAGAUACUGGACGUGUACGAUAUUUGUGGGGGAUAUAUUUCAAGAUUGACGGCUACCGAGUGGGAGAUACUUUUGAGAGGAUUCAGGUGUAGCACCGUUUUACGAAAGAUAAGCGUUUACGAUUUGCGCUGGAGUUCAGAUGCGGAAAGGGAGCGCUGGUGUUUACAGCUGGGGACCAUUCUGAAUACCUCUAGCGUGACAGUCUUGGGUUUAGGCUGCUGCAGUUUAAGUGCCAGAUGUUUCUUGAAUCUUGCCUCAGGACUGCGAGGAAAUUCCGAAUCUAAACUCAAGACUUUAAAUUUAUUUGCCGCGUGGGAGGACUGGAGUGCGGUGAAGCAUGUGGCUGACAUGAUCAACAGUGCUCCUCUAUUAGAAACGCUGCGUUUAGGAGGCUUCUAUGAAGACACGGAAGACGAGACCGUUGGAAUCCUGUCCCAGGCUUUGAUCCAGAGCUCGUCUUUAAAAGAAUUGCUCUUAAAGAGUAUGGAGUGGGGAGCGGCCUUGUUGCUGAAAGCAUUGGCCGGAGACGAUCGCAACCGAUCCAUUGAAUGUCUUCGUCUAGCGGAUACAAUUGAACUCGGAGGCUGUUUAACUGAACUUCUUAUUUCCAACCCAUCCUUGAAGGAAGUGGAAUUGUCCCGAAUGCGGAUGAGUCCUGAGGAAUGGUACCAGCUCGGCGAAGUCAUACGUGACAAUGCCAUAGCAACAACUAUACUUGCUAAGUUUGAUUUAGGCAAUGGAGAUCAAUGGAAGUCAACAGAAGCUCUUGCGCGUUCUGCUAGCUCCGAUAUCAAGGACCCCACAGUGGAGCUUGUCCUCGAAGUUGUGAGUACAAGCUCAAAUGACCAUGAAGUGAUGUUAUCAUUAAACCUAAUAGGUAGAGUACUGCGCGGGGAAAUCAAAUCGCUAAAAUCUCUGAGUAUAUUGGUGGGUGAUAAGAAAAUGAUCACGUUCAGUUUCCUCCCGAUGAAUGGGAAAACUGGAGAAACUUUAGUCCUGAAGAAACUGGAGUUAUCUGUUCGAAGCGAAGAUCUUUCGAAGGGAGUAUGGGAAGACCUGAUUAGGUGCAUGCGAGGGAACCACCUCACUCACUUGGAUUUGGCUGACUCCCAACUCAACGAGGAGGCGUUCCGGGAACUCAUGGGGAUCCUGCAAGUGAACUUGGCUCUCCAGGAAAUCGACUUCUCACGAACAUCAUGGGCAAGGGACGGAAAGGCGGCGCAGAUUCAAGAGGCUCUGAAACAGAACCAGAAGCGGGCCGUCUACAUGUCAGUGUUUAGAGAAGCCAACUUAACAUUUGGAGAUGCAAAAGCUGGUCGACUCUUCUUAUGCGGCUCUCCUCGAGCAGGAAAAACUCAAUUGCGUAAAACCCUGAUGAGGAUCAAUCAUAGCUGGCUACACAGAAGCAGUCUAUCCAAUAAAUGGGACGUAUUGUGGAGGACUAAAGGCAUCGAAGUGGAGUAUUUGCAAAAUAGUGAAAAAAUGCAAAUCUCAGUUUGGGAUCUUGUGGGGCAAUGGAUUUUUCGUACCCUUCAGAAUGUACUCUUUCCUCAAACCAACAAUUUUUGUAUUUUUCUUUUUGUGUAUAGCCCUUUCUGUGAGAAAACAUCUAAAAACAAACCAGACUCUUGUUUCAAAACUGAGUUGGAGGAUUGGUUAAGCUUCAUCACAUCCAGCGUUAAGGUCACAGGACAUGAUCUUCCCCAAGUUUUUGUUGUCAUUUCACACAAAGAUAAAGCCAGAUACAGCUCUAUGAGUUGGACUUAGUCAGUAAUUGAAGAACUCAUCCAAAGAUUCGCAAAUUUUGUGAAUCUCUUUCCUGUUCAAGAGUGUUUUCAUGUGGAUGCUAGGAAGAAAAAACAAGUUAUUCCUCUCAACAGUCACAUUUUUGAGAAUUUUAACAAGUUGUUGAGUGAAAAAUCUCCACAGGUCCCCCUAUUGUGUUCUCAACUCACCUCCCUCUUGGUUACAAAAAUCAAGAAGAACAGAAGUUUACCUCUUUGGUCAUCCAACAAAUUUCAUGAUUUCUGUGCUCCCAGUUUGACACAAUUUGUUCCAUCAUCUCCUGUUCACUUUGUUGAUCAUUCAAGGAUAAUGGAGUCCAUCAUAUCCUACUUGAAUGACGUUGGAUCUAUCAUUUACAUUCCCAACCUGAAGUACAUCAUUGUAGAUCCCAACUGGCUCACCAAUACCUUCCUGGGUGAGCUGAUAGCUCUGGGUCAAAACUUUCAAGCUCAAGAGUCAGAGUCUUCUAAUAGAACGAGCUCAUAUGCAAGCAAGGAUGGAUUUGUGAGUGAGAGUGUCUUUGCUCGGUUGAUAGAAGAGUUUAUGGGAAACCAACGAUAUGGACAGAGAGGUGUGGGCAGAGAGGAGCUUGAAAAUAUCCUUGUCAAUUUAGAUUUGUGUUUCAAGCUCGAAGAUAGUUCUCAGUAUUUCAUUCCUUCCUUCAUCCCUGAGCAUGCAAGCAAGGAAGAACAAAACCAUCAAGAAGGGGUGCACAUGAAGUCGAUGUAUUGGGAAAAUAGGAGUGAGACUUCACAAUUUGUCGGCAUUCGGAUUCAGUGCCAAGAUGGAAGAACAAUGUCAUUGACUGCUGCGUUUUUUCCACGCUUUCAGAUGUUCAUGAGAUGCAAGUUGAAAUCCGAGAUGCAUGUUUCCGAGGAGAAUAUGACUUGCUCUCGACAUUAUUUGCGACUCUUCCUUGACGGUCAUCAGAUAUAUAUCGAGCACGUUCAGAGUGAAAAGUCCCACAAAUACGUAGAUGUUCUGAUGUUAUGUUCGAGGCAUAAGUCAAGGGAGGUGGCUACUAAAUAUGUGAUGAAGCAUAUCGUCCAGGAGUUGAUAUCAUUUUGCGCAUCACAGAAAGGCUGUCCUGGGGUGGCGUUAGUGCUCGGUGUGAUCCAAACAUUUUGCGUGGAGAUGUUGAUUCCGAGUCAUCUUAGAGGAGCCAUUCUGAUUGAGAAGCUAAAAUCAGACUUCAUUUGUAGCAUCAAUGACAAACUUGAGGAAAUGUUAUUGGAAAGUUCGCACUUGAUGCAGAAGGAAGAGUUGUUCCACUAUGAGCAUUGUUGGCCUCCAAUUGAAAGGCACACAGGCGGAAGAUCCGAACGAGCCAGGGAUUUGUUGUGGGAGAGCGAUGUGGAAGCAGUUGUGAAUGAGAUUCGACAGAAACGAAUUGAAGAAUUGAAGUCAUUGGUGGAAGGUCUAAUUAGCGUGGAGAAUGAUUUGGCUCAGUCGAAUCCUGAAGCUGAAAACAUGGUUAGCGACUCAAAUUUUUUCCAAAUGAAAGAUUGCAAACCACCUACAUCCAGGUGCUUGAGUCGAGCCUGCUCAAGUGUGGAGAAUCGUUCGACCCGACUUGUUUUGUUCAAGAUCGACCAGCUAGAAGAUAAGCUAGUACAAAAGUUUGAUGGUUUGGAUGAGAGGAUGAGAUCAAUGGAGAGCAUUCUGCAGAGAUCGGAGAUGAAGAUGGGAUAGAUACUCUCUUUGCACCAAGAAUUACAGUCAACUAUGAGUGACUUUGUGUCUAAAGUUGACAAGAUAAUUCAGUUCUCUCAUUCGGUUCAAACGCCCAAGCGACCUUACGUUACGAACGAUGUUGGCAUUUUCUAUAGGUUGAGUGCAGUUAUGCAUAACGGUACAACCGUUCGCUUACAAUUGAUGUGUGAGUCAAUGACUGGGUUUCAUACUGUCAAAGAUCAAGAAGGUUUGAAGAUACGCUUGGAUCGGGAGAAUAGCUCCUGGAUUCGGAAAAUUAUUGAAAUCUCAUACAAAGUCAUGUAUUAUGCUGUGAAGGCUGGACUAGAUAAGACCCUCAAUUUGGGCCAAGCUAUUCCGGAGUGGGAAGAUUUAAAAUCUGAUAUUGUUCAGCUGGACGGUAUCAGUGAUGAUGAUCACAGAGCAUUUCUCAAAGGUGGGGAAAGCAAGGAGCUGCAGGAUGCAUGGUUGAGGAUUCAGCAAACUCUUGCGCCUCAGCUUCAAAAUCGCUAUUCCGGAAUCUUCAAGUUGUAUCAGGUGAAGUACCUGAGUUUAGAAAGAGGUGGGCAUGCAUGGGUGUGCGAGAAGUGCAUGAAUAAAGGCCUUCGUUGUGGAAUUUUGACAUGUUAGGAUUUUGAAGAGGUUAGAAUGCCACUAUAUAUUAUUUAGUGCAUAUGUUUAGACCCUCAUGCAAUAUACUACUCUGCAAAUUCUUCCUUGCAGUUUUC